CUUUAAGUGGCCGACGCAGCGUCACAAUCAAGUAAGACAAGUAAAGCACAACAGAAUCAAAAACAAACUGUCAAAGAGUUAAAGCUAAGCAACCAUUCUCACGCUCUCUCUUUUAUAUCAAUAAAUAAAAGCUAUUCAUCUCCAAGAGAGUUCUCGAAUCAGUUUCAAUGGCGAUUAACAACAGGCUUCCACUUCUCCUCCUCCUCUCCGUCAUCAUUCUCUUCCUCAGCCGCCCUGUGCUUAGUGACACUGAUGAAGAGGACGUUCUUUUCACAGGCAUCAACAGCUACAGAACAUCACAAAACCUCACAACCUUAAACAAGAACAAAAACGCAGAGUGUCUAGCAGACCAACUCGCCGAACAAUUCAAGGACAAACCAUGCACCAACAGUACUGGCUCAGCCACGGUACCUGGAACCGAACCACAGUUCGCAGACUACCCUAACAUUCUAGCUAAAUGCCACUUAAACGUCUCUGACACAAGAGACGGCUCUAUUAUGCCCGCAUGUGUUCCUCGUCUAGAGUCGAGCCUUGUCCUCACAAACUUCACCAAGUCACAAUACUCCUUGAGUUUGAACGAUUCUAAGUUCACAGGGAUGGGUAUUGGUAAAGAAGAUGACUGGAUCGUUGUGGUUCUCACCACCAACACACCAGAAGGAAACUAUUCUCCAGCUACAAAACAGGAUUCUAAUGGCUUCACCUUUAGUAUUAGCCUCUUUAGUUACUUGCUUGCUUUCAUGUUGUCCUUCUGUUUCUUCCUCUGUUGAUGAGAGUUUGAGAGAUAUCUACCACACAUGUCAUGAGUUUUUUUUUUGCUGAAGAAUAAUUUUUGUUUAUGCUAUUUACUAUUCUUCCGUUUCGAAAUUUUAGAUUUUUCAACA